AAGCAUGGGGCCCGCCUGGGUCCCGGUGCCUCCGGAAGAGGAGGCGGGAAGAUAUGCGGUCGCCCCUGACUGCUCAGGCAGGGGUUGCGGCUGCAUGCGAUGCCACUGACUGGCUUUCAGCAUACCAUGCAGAAGUAACAUGUUCCCGGCAUUGGAAACCGAGCGAAAGCAAGAGACUCUUCCUGAUCCCUAUGAGGACUUUAUGUACCGUCACCUCCAAUACUAUGGCUACUUUAAAGCCCAGAAAGGCAGUUUACCAAACUCAGCUACACAUCAGCAUGUUCAGAAGAAUAAUCCUCACUACCUACUGAAUGUCUCUUUUGGAGAAAGAAAUGAUUUGAUACCAGAUACUCUGCAAAAGGAGAAACUUCUGUAUUCACUUAUGUUGAGUUCACCACUUCUUAGGAGCAGACAGCUUCUUUUUGAUGAGUUGGACCAAGUAAACCCACGUCUUCGAGAACCUCGAGAACUCUUUGCCUUUUUCUCUAGCAAAGGGACACUUCAGGCUCCAAGAUGGCCAAUAGAAUGUGAGGUCAUCAAAGAAAGCAUUCAUCAUAUUGAGUGGGUUCCACCUCAGCCAGAAUAUUUCUAUCAACCUACAGGAAAUGAAAAGGUACCAGAAAUUGUAGGAGAGGAAAAAGGCACAGUUGUCUACCAUUUAAAUCCAGUGCCCACUGAAGGUUCCUAUUUCACCAGUUCAAGAGUGGGAGGCAAACGAGGAAUUAUCAAGGAACUUGCUGUCACAUUGGAAGGACCAGAAGAUGAUACUCUACUCUUUGAGUCAAGAUUUGAGAGUGGGAAUCUGCAAAAAGCUGUCCAAGUAGACACCUACGAGUAUGAACUCACCUUGCGAACUGACCUCUACACCAAUAAACACACUCAGUGGUUUUAUUUUCGAGUUCAAAACACCAGAAAAGAUGUCACCUAUCGCUUCACCAUUGUCAACUUGCUGAAGCCUAAGAGCCUGUAUACUGUAGGCAUGAAACCACUCAUGUACUCCCAAUUGGAUGCCAACAUCUACAACAUUGGUUGGAGGAGAGAAGGAAAUGAAAUCAAGUACUACAAGAAUAACACAGACAAUGGGCAGCAGUCUUUCUACUGUCUUACGUGGACCAUUCAGUUUCCACAUGACCAGGACACUUGCUUCUUUGCACACUUUUACCCAUAUACAUACACUGAUUUGCAGUGCUACCUCUUGUCAGUGGCAAAGAACCCCAUCCAGUCUCAGUUCUGCAAGCUCCGAACUUUAUGCAGGAGCUUAGCAGGAAAUACUGUCUACUUGCUCACCAUCACCAACCCAUCCCCGACCCCUCAUGAAGCUGCUGCAAAGAAAGCUGUGGUCUUGAGUGCCAGAGUGCACCCUGGGGAAAGUAAUGCCUCCUGGAUUAUGAAAGGCUUUUUGGAUUUCAUCCUUAGCAACUCCCCAGAUGCCCAGCUCCUUAGAGAUAUUUUUGUCUUCAAGGUAGUUCCCAUGUUAAAUCCAGAUGGCGUGAUUGUGGGGAAUUAUAGGUGUUCAUUGGCUGGAAGGGACUUGAACAGGCAUUAUAAAACCAUCCUGAAGGAGUCUUUUCCUUGCAUCUGGCACACGAGGAACAUGAUCAAAAGACUUCUUGAAGAAAGAGAGGUUCUUUUAUAUUGUGAUUUUCAUGGUCACAGCCGUAAGAAUAAUAUCUUCCUGUAUGGCUGCAAUAACAACGACCGGAAGUACUGGCUUCAUGAGCGAGUCUUUCCUUUAAUGUUAAGCAAAAAUGCACCAGAUAAGUUUUCUUUUCAUAGUUGUAAUUUUAAGGUCCAAAAGUGCAAAGAAGGAACAGGAAGAGUAGUGAUGUGGCGAAUGGGAAUCCUAAACAGCUAUACCAUGGAGUCUACCUUCAGUGGGUCUACCCUAGGCAGUAAAAGAAACAUUCACUUUACUAUUGAGGACCUGAAGUCCCUGGGUUAUCAUGUCUGUGACACCCUUCUGGAUUUUUGUGAUCCUGAUAAAACAAAGUUUACUCAGUGUCUAGCAGAACUCAAGGAACUCUUACAACAGGAAAUCCACAAGAAAUUCAAUGAACGUGGAGAAGAAGUGAAUUUAGAAGGAAGUUGGAGUGACAUCUCUUUGUCUGAUAUUGAGUCCAGCACCAGUGGUUCUGACAGCUCCCUCUCAGAUGGUCUCCCUGUUCACCUACUGAACAUAGUAGAUGAGUUGAAUCAAAAGAUGAUGUCUAAGAAGAAAAAAAAGAAGCCACUUCAAACUAGGAAACAGCGAAAUGAGCUGCAUCAGAAAAAUAAGUUGAUGCCAGAGUUCAAGUUAACAGAAGAUGCCUCCGACAGGGCAGAACUUGCUCCUACUCUGCAAAAGCAGUCUACCUUUUACAAAACUUUGGAGAAUUUCAGAUCUUCAGCAAUGAAAAAUGAAAAACUAAGCCUCAGUGAGUUAAAUGGAGGAGAGAGAAGCACCUCCAUGGACUCCAAAAUGACACUGAUUCUACGUAAGAAUAAAGAGAAAAUGCAGAGUAAGAGGCCAGGUUUUACACCAUCAUGCCCCCAAAGAGGAAGCACAGACUCCAGCCAAGAGUCAGCUCCAGGUAUGAAGCCAAAUUGGCCUAGGAACAGAUAUCCUGUCACAAAAAGAAGCACCACUGCUAUGGCAGCAUACCCAUCCUUGCACGUAAACACAUACCCGUAGAUGUGCCUUGGCUGUGCCACACAGGCACUUCCUCAGAGUCUUUGGGUCCUAUGCAUUCUGUAAGGGGUUGUGGUAUGUUGUGCUGUGCAUUCAUCACACCAUGAUGACCUUACACUUUGUACUUACUUACACCACAUGCAUGUCCUCAGAUGCAUC